ACGUCGUCACUUCGCGCCGUGGCAGCAACCAAAACACUGCGUCGCUCCUCUCUUUCCCAGCCAAAACUCACAGAAAACAAAAACAAAACUAUGUUACAGCCAGAAGCGAGUGAUUAUUUAAUAGAAACUUUGAGGGAAAAGUGUCCAGCGGUUGACUCACAGCUGAAGGAGGAGAGUGAAGAGGACAACACACCGAGCCCAUUCAGUUUCACUCCACAGCGCAUACACCUGCACAAGGACCACGAGCUCUUUGAGGAUGGGGACAUUCAUAGACACCUGUACCUGCAAAAUCUGUCCACCUCAGAGCCAGACGACAAGCCAAAGCUCAGUGUGUCUGAGUUUGCCUGUCACAUCUCCGGGUGCAGUCAGCUGUUCAGCAGCGUGGAGGAGUACGAGCACCACUACAACUCGCUGCACAGACACGUGUGCUGCUCCUGCCGUCGCUCCCUGCCGUCCGCUCGCCUCCUUGACAUUCACAUCCAGGAGUGGCAUGACACUCUCUUCACUGUCCUCGCUCAAAGGCAAGAUAUGUAUCAGUGUUUGGUGGAAGGCUGUGGACAGAAGUUCAGGACUAGCAAACAGAGGAAAGACCAUCUAAUAAGAAUUCACAAAUACCCUGCAGACUUCAGAUUUGACAAGACCAAAAAAGGCAAAGGGACUCGAGGGAUGAAGAGUGAGCAGCAGAGCGACACAGCUAUGGAGGUGACAGAGGAUGUGUGUGAGGUUAUGUGUGACACGGAGUCUGACCAAACAGAGGGAGGAGAGGCCAUGGAGCCUCACAGUUGUGCGGGAGCGGCUGUUCACCAAGCGAUCUCUGCCCCUGCUGAGAUGCAUUCAGAUCUCUCUGCUGCGGGUCAUGGCGCCACAAACAUGAGCACUGAGCAAGGGAGGCCACGUUACUCCUACAGGGUCCCGAAGAACGUAUGCUUUGGUCAAGGCUCUGUCCGAGGGUUUAGAGCGAGGGGAAGGAGAAAAUGAGGCUCCAGCAGUAAGCCUUCCAUUGCUCGUCUCUAAAGAUGAAUAACUUUAUGUCGUAAUCAAAUACAUUUCCUGUCACAUGUUUUUUAAACUUAAAAUAAAUUGUUUUGAUAAGC